CCUGCCUCCCAAUCCCAUCUCGCGGCUUUCUUCGCCGUUCAAAACUCCUCCCUUUCCAGCGACGGCAGCGACGGCGGAGCACGGGCACGUGAGGGGCGGCGCCUUCCUCCCUUUCCAGCGACGGCGGAGCACGAGCAGGUGAGGGGCGGCACCUUCGUCGGACGGCUAGCCGCGGCGGAGGAGAAGGCGGACGCCAUGGGUGCGGCUACAGACGAGGCGGAGGAGAAGGCGGACGCCGUGGGCUUGCUGCACGGCUACAGCCGAGGCGGAGGAGAAGGCGGACGCCGUGGGCGUUCAUGGAGGAUGGUACACCGGCCGCCGGCUCCGGCCGCCAGUCCUCUCUGGCCUCCUCCGUGGUAUCCUUCUCAACCUCCGCUGCUCCUAUCGUGAUUUGGAUGGAAAAUUGGAGGCCGGCAGUGUCCUUCUCCAACACAAAUUGAUGUAGUGCCCGACCCGGAUUUGAUUGGCUGCUAUAAGAAGCAAGGGUCCUCGGCCGGAAUCUCCAUCAGGUUUUGCCCUUCGACCAUAAUCUCCAUCAUCCUGUCCAAAUUGCAAUUUUUGAACAAACAUCCAAUGUCACCGCCAAGUUCGCCGGAGGAAGAAGCGCCGAGUUCGCCGGAGGAACAAGCGCCGAGUUCGCCGGAGGAACAAGAACGCCCGCCGAGUCCUGUGGUGGCUACACGAGAGGCCCUUAAGAUGAGUGAUGAACAUCCGUUGAGCCGUCCAAUGUUGCCUUUGGCAACUACACCAGAGGUGCCAAAGGCAUCCAAUCCAACUCAGGUGGAGGCCAAGGAGGUUCAGCUCUCGGACAUUGCACCAAUAAUGCUGGAUGAUACCGACGUGAAGACUAAAAUAGAUGACAUCGCUGAACUGGACAUUGCAGAGGAUUUUGAUAACCGGUCUUCCAAAAAGGCAAAAAUUUCUGAAUCACGUGUACUGGAACCAUCACCUAUGUCACCAACUAUGAAAACAUCUUCUCCAGGUUCAGAGUGUUUUGAAUCGUUUGUGCCGGAAUAAGAUAAUUAGAUGAAUCAUGAUACACUACCAUCACCUCCAUCCCCAUCUAGCUCGACAAUAUCUCCUGUUUUCCCAUUGCAUGAUAUUAAGGAACCAAAUUCACAUAAAGAGAUCAAAGUUGAUGAGACAUAUGAUUAUCUCCCACAAGACUAUACAUUGACCGACCAUGAUCUAUGUGCUCAUAUAGCAAUAGAAUCAUCUUUGAGAAAACAAUUGCUGGUUCAGAUAGAUGGAAGUUCUGUCUUGCAACAUCAAUUGAUGUGCCUGCUAGAUGAGAAAGAGUGGGUAAAUGAUGAUGUGAUCAAUGCAUAUAUAUGUUGUAUAAAGGACCAAAUACAUCUCCAGAAUGAUAAUAAAGUAUAUUUUGAGAGUCCAUUUGUUACCUCACUAUUUAAACGAGAUGGCACCAUUGGAAUACAAGAAGGUAGUGCCUUCAUGACAGAGAUUGUCCUCGAAUAUAUGCAGCAUGACAUGAUUAAACUUCCAAUAAAUGCCAAUAACACACAUUGGUAUUUAGCUGUUGUGAAUAGAAAAAAAUGUGAGGUUCAAGUUCUAGACUCAUUGUGCUGGAAUUCUGACAGAGAUGAUCUUGCUAAUACGCUACGAGGAAUACAAUUUCAUUUGGACCUUCUUAAAAGUCAAAAGUUGGUAAGCGACGAUUGGAAAGACGUUGAUCUUACUGAAUGGAAGAUCACAGAACAAUUACAAAAGGCAAUUCAAAAAGAUAGUUCUUCAUGUUGUUUAUUUAUGGUUAAAUUUAUGGAAUAUUUCAUCGGAUGUGCACUAUCCUACCCAAUUACACAGGAAAUGAUUACUUCUUUUAGGUUUAAGUUAGCCAGCAUACUAUUAUGUUGGAAAACAAACACUGCAGCAAUGACUACAAUCGUUGAAGAAAGUGACGAUGACAGCAAGGGAGAUCCUGAUGAUGUUCAAAUAUUGGAAAGUUUAGAUGAUAUAAAAAAACAAAAACAAAAAUCCCAUUAUCUGUUGAAAAUAAAUACAGAUCACUAAUAUCAAUUCUUUCUAAUAUGACCUUACAUGAGUUAACAGCUGGACUCUGUAGCUUCAUUAAAUCAAUUAAUUACACCGAGAUUUUAGAGAAAGUAUGGAUCCGAAGUUCAAAACCAUAUCCAAUUAGCUUGUCUCUCAGAAAACUACAAGGAUUGCUAAAGGAUGAUUUACCCAUGGACCGUGAUUGCUUUAAUUUGAUCGUACGGAAGAUUAUGUUGGAUGACAUCCAAACAUCACAAAAAACAAAGCAACUGAUAGCAAAGCAUUAUCUCGACAUAAAAUUUUGGAUGACUACUGAUUUUGGAAGGCACCCAGAUUUUCGUAAAAAGUUAGAUGUGGAGCAACUAGCAAAUUCUGUUCGUAGUUGGCCUGGUAUCAAAUAUAAUGUUUCAACAUGCAAAUCGCCUAUUUCAGAUCCAUAUUCCAGUACAAUGCAUUGAUGAAUUCAUUCUAUUCACAUUGGAUCAAGAUACGAGAACAGUGUACAUUUUGGACCCUACUCCUAUUAAUCCAAUGUACCGAUACAACCCACUCGCAAAAUAUGUGAAAAAAAUUAUAUGGAUUUCCGAACAUUUACCGAAAGCAAUGUCAAAAGCAUGCCCUGGGUCUAGAUGGAACGAGGAUAUUCUCUUAUGGCAUCAUAGAAUCCUAGAUGAUAUUCCAGUUUACAACAGGGAACUGUCUGGUUAUCUUGUUCCCCUAUUCAUGUCCACAUGGGAAGACGAAAGACCACAUUUGCCAUUUUUAAAGGAUGGAUAUGAACUCAGAAAACUAAUUUUGGGCCAACUACUAACAUUCAAGGACAAUGAAUGUGAAGAUAACAUGCCUGCUGGUGUACUGGACUUCAUCAAUUGUAUUAGGAAAAUCCAAAGUUAAACAGGGAGCUCAAUCGGUGGAAGGUAAUUUGUCAGAGAGAUUUCUUGCAGCCAACAGUUAAUAGACAAUGAGCAGGGAGACGAUGAACAUGUAGAGAUGGAUUUUUUUCCUUUGAGAAAUUAAUAGUAGAUUUUGGUUUCUACUUAAGAUAUCCCUUACAUAUAUGUAGAAAAUUUUGGAGCUUGCCAGGAUAUACAUUUUUUGGGGUUGCCAAUUAUAAGAGAUGACGGAUUGCUUCAAAAUUCAAUGUUUGUGGGUUCAGACAUGACAAUACUGUGGAAAUCACAAAUAGUACAGAAUCGUGUACUCUGUUGAUUAAUAAUUAUUUUAUAGUUUGUUUCUA